GUGACUUGGUUGAUUCUUUUACAACGUGAAAUCUAAAUCUAAAUGCCAGCUACUAUUCAGAUCCCAAAAGAUGUGUUUGUCAGGCUUAAGCCUGCAAUCGAUGGAACUUCCAUUCAGGGCAUCUUAUUCGGUCAACGUGAAGAAUGUCUAGAUCGUGGAUUAGUUAUACACGUGAAGGGAUUUUAUCCUUAUAAAGCCAAUUUGCAAGAUCUUGAUUGUACGGUUGCAAAGUUAAUGAACUGGAAGGGUCAAACAGUACUUGGCUGGUUUGCAGCUCCUGGAUCAGACAUAACAUCACGUUUUGAAACAGCACGUAUAGCUUCGGCAUAUUUCCGCACUAUACAGACAUCAAUGCUGAAAGUAAUUGUCUGUAAUUUUCUCGGUCAGCAUACAGAAGAGAGUGAGGGAGAAGAAAUCGUUCAAAUGAUUGUUCGAGAAGCAUGCGCCUUAUUUCAAGACCUUAUAGGAUUUGUUGUUCAAAGAUUAUCUAAAAUACCGAAUACAAUGACUUCUACUACAAUUAUGGACACGGAUUCGACGACGAGUCAAGCAUUUUUCUCGGCACCAACAUUUAAUGAAGUAUUGAGCCAAUUUCAGAGCUUAAAUCAAGAAACGAAGAGUGAUAUUACGGAAAUGAACAUUAUGCAAGGAUUAAUAAAUGGAAUACCAUCCAUUAAUGGUUUGGGACAUAAUGGUGUUUCAAUAAAUAAUAAUUUUAGGAUAAUGGAUGAUAUGGAAGAUGAAGACGAUGAUCUAGGAGAACUUUUCUCACCAUGGGGAAAUGGUCAAGAACUGGCGAAUAAGAAAUUAAGAACUAGGAGAGCUAGUACCACGGAUAUUGCCGAUGGUCCAUUGAGAAGAAACUUUGCAAAUAUCCCAGAAUUUUUAGAUGAUAUCCCUAAAAAAAGAAAAGGAUUUGAUAUGGAUAAUAGUAAUAGAAACACGGUAAAAAAGGCAAAAACUCCCGUCAGUACUGUUACAAACGUGAUUCCAGCGCCAUUCAAAGUAAUUCCCGGUCAAGCUUCAGAGUAUUUUCAACAAGUUCACAGCGAAGACAAUAUACAUUAUUCUUCUGAUUUUGACGAGUCUUUAAUGACUCCUUACACCGCCUCAUUCUUUGCUCCAAUCAAUUUUGGACAACCAUCUUCGUCUCCUAUAACUACUUUUGCCCAACACCGAAUAACGUCCGCUUAUGACGCGAUAUCUCAUCAUAUUAAUUCACAUACUCGAGAAAAAAUUUCUCGGUAUGAAAAAUCAUGCCAUGAGUACGAGUUGUUGUUGGAAAUACUUGAAGCGUUAGACGGUGUUGGUGAUGAAGUGGCUCUUGCAAAAAAAUUGGAAAAAUGGACAGAAGAUGCUGAGGAGGAUGAAGAAGAAUUUGAAGAGGUAUUAAUAACUGAUACUCGCGCUGCAAGUGAACCUAGAUCAGAGGAAGUAGAUAUAGAGAGUUCUGAUAGUGAACCUCAAGAAUCCAAUAGUGAUAAUGAUCGAGAAAAUGAAAAUCCUGCCGACAUGUUACCAAAGAUAAAAGUGACUUCAAUCAAAUGUUGCGUAAAUAAUGAAAACAAAAGCGAAGAUGGAGAAAUGGACGAUGGAACUCCAUUAAAUAACAAUAAUAAUGGAAUUGUUAACGGCGAGGUAAGUUCGUCUUCUUCUAUGGAGGAGGGCGAAAUUGAGGAUGAAGAAGAAUCUGGCAUUACAUGGCAAUUCCAGAAUUGUAGUGAAAAUAAAAAAAGUGAUGAUUUAUCAUCAUCUCUUUUUCGUAACAAAAAUCUCAAAUCUGAAUCUUUUAAUUUGGAAAUUGGUAAUGCAGGGGACAAUAGUCCUGGAUGGGCGUGGGAUAACUAAGAAAUUGAG